CGAGAAAGAAUUCUGUUAAUUUAACUCCAAACGCGAGAGUUCUAACCCAUGUCUCUGUAAACGUGUAAAAUGUUUUUAUAGGCUGUUGGAUGUAAAAUGUUAAAUAAAGGCUUCGGUAUUUAGAGUGACCAUAGAAAAAUAUUAAAAAGGCAUACAAAUAUUAAAACCACGUGGACCGGAAUAGCGACAUAUUUGGCCAACUUCAAAUGUCGGAAACUUCAGAAGACGAACAGGAGCAGCUGCAAACCAGCGACGAAGAGGAGGAGGAACUAAGUGGCGAGGAGGACGAGCAAGAAGAAUACGAGGGCAGUGAUGAGGAGGCGCAGAGUGGCGGCGAAGAUGCUGCAAGUGGCUCCGGGGAAGAGGAAAACGACCAUGAUCACCAAGCCGAGGAGCAAAAGCUGACUUGGAAGGAUCUCGGCCUCAACGAGACUUUGUGCAAAGCCUGCGACGAACUUAAGUGGAAGGCGCCCUCAAAGAUCCAGCGUGAGGCAAUUCGUGCCUUGCAGGGCAAAGAUGUGAUAGGUCUGGCGGAAACUGGGUCCGGCAAAACUGGUGCCUUCGCUCUGCCCAUUUUACAUGCGCUCCUCGAGAACCCGCAGCGAUAUUUUGCACUGGUACUGACGCCCACACGUGAACUGGCCUUCCAAAUCGGCGAGCAGUUCGAGGCGCUUGGCAGCAGCAUUGGCAUCAAAUGUUGUGUGGUUGUGGGCGGCAUGGACAUGGUGGCCCAGGGCCUGCAGCUGGCCAAGAAGCCCCACAUUAUCGUCGCCACUCCAGGUCGCCUUGUGGAUCACUUGGAGAACAUGAAGGGCUUCAAUCUGAAAGCCAUAAAGUACUUGGUGAUGGAUGAGGCGGAUCGUAUACUCAACAUGGACUUUGAGGUGGAACUGGACAAGAUCCUGAAGGUGUUGCCUCGCGAGCGACGCACGUUUCUGUUCAGCGCCACCAUGACCAAGAAGGUCAAGAAGCUGCAACGCGCCUCCCUCAAGGAUCCCGUUAAGGUGGAGGUUUCCAAUAAGUACCAAACUGUGGAGCAGCUGCAGCAAUCCUACCUCUUCAUUCCGGUCAAGUACAAGGACGUGUACUUGGUGCACAUACUCAACGAACUGGCGGGCAACAGCUUCAUGAUAUUCUGUAGCACGUGCAACAACACUGUAAAGACUGCGCUGAUGCUCCGUGCCCUAGGGCUGGCCGCCAUUCCCCUCCACGGACAGAUGUCGCAAAACAAGCGCCUGGCCGCCUUAAAUAAGUUCAAGGCCAAGAACCGUUCCAUACUCAUCUCCACAGAUGUGGCCUCACGAGGUCUCGACAUCCCUCAUGUGGAUGUAGUAGUGAAUUUUGAUAUACCGACGCACAGUAAAGACUACAUCCAUCGCGUGGGACGAACGGCGAGAGCGGGACGCUCUGGUAAGGCCAUCACCUUGGUCAGUCAGUACGAUAUUGAGCUGUACCAGCGCAUCGAGCACCUGCUGGGCAAGCAGCUGCCUCUGUACAAGUGCGAGGAGGACGAAGUGAUGGCCCUGCAAGAGCGUGUGGCCGAGGCUCAGCGCACGGCGAAACUGGAGCUGAAGGAUCUAGAGGAUACAAAGGGUGGCCGUGGGCACAAGCGCGGCGGGGACAACCACGACGAUUCGGAGCACUUUACGGGAGCCCGAAAGCGCAUGAAGCCCAUGGGUGGCGGAGGUGCCAAGGGCGGAGGAGGAGGCGGCGGCAAGAAAAGCUUUGGCAAAAAGAACUGGAACAAGGGUGGGAAGCCACGGAGAUAGGAAAUAAACACUAUAUUCUUAAGACUAUUUUAUUUAAAACUACUUUAAUGCCAUAAUAAAACAGAAAACAUAA